GAACAUGUGGUCUACGUCCAUUUAACGCUCUUCGCUUCUGAUCACAAACCACAACAACCCCACUCUCUUCCCAACUCUCUCUCUCUCAGCUAAUCAGACUCUGUUGCUCAACUCCACCGUCCAUGGCGGCCGGAAUUUCCAUGGCCUCGAGCUCGAGGUCGUUCCAUUUCUGCCGAAACCCAUUUCUUGGCCCCAAGCCCACCUCCACCCUCACCCCCACUUCACUCUUCUCAAUCUCCAUUCGUCGAUUCGAUACUAUUCUUCGGUCCCGAAGAAAGCCGACCUUGACGGUCUGCUUCGUGGUGGAGAACGAGAAAUUGAACACCCGGAUUGAGACAGAAGCAGAGGAGGAGAGUUCGGAAGAGAUUGAGAAACAGAUCUCGGCCGCACGCGUGGCUGAGAGGCAGGCCAGGAAGAGAUCAGAGCGGUUCACUUACCUCGUUGCGGCAGUCAUGUCUAGUUUAGGAAUUACGUCCAUGGCCAUCUUGUCUGUUUAUUAUCGCUUCUCUUGGCAAAUGGAGGGUGGAGAGAUUCCCUACUCAGAGAUGUUUGGUACAUUUGCUCUCUCUGUCGGUGCUGCUGUGGGGAUGGAAUUUUGGGCAAGAUGGGCUCAUAGGGCGCUUUGGCACGCUUCUUUGUGGCACAUGCACGAGUCACACCAUAAACCCAGAGAAGGUCCUUUUGAGCUUAAUGACGUAUUUGCCAUUACAAACGCGGUUCCAGCCAUAAGCCUCCUCUCCUAUGGUUUCUUCCACAAAGGCCUCAUUCCUGGUCUCUGUUUCGGUGCUGGUCUGGGUAUUACGGUCUUUGGGAUGGCCUACAUGUUCGUUCACGACGGUCUCGUUCACAAGAGAUUCCCGGUGGGGCCCAUCGCCAACGUACCCUAUUUCAGAAAAGUUGCAGCGGCCCACCAGCUACACCAUUCGGACAAGUUCAAUGGAGUGCCAUAUGGGUUGUUUUUGGGACCAAAGGAAGUGGAAGAAGUGGGAGGGCAUGAAGAGUUGGAAAAGGAGAUCAAACGGAGGAUUAAAGCAUCGAGUGGUUCAUGAUUGGGGUGAUUCCAUGUAUGUCGAUGGAAGGAAAUGAUUGUGAAAGAAAAAUAAUGGAAAGGAAAAGGAAAAGGAAAAGGAAAAGGGAAAUGAAUGAUGAAUCAGUUUGCGUGUACAUUUCUGUUUUUAAUUCUAUAGUUUUUGCGUGUGCGCCAUAGUUACACUACUUAAA